GUGAAGCUCACCAAGACCACCACCACCUCACACCACAACCUCGCACCUCUUCGUGCCACAUCUCUGUCAUCCCUCCACAGACACUCCCACCGGCACGAUGUUCAGGAACAACUACGACAACGAUUCGGUCACCUUCUCACCGCAAGGCCGCAUCUUCCAAGUCGAAUACGCACAAGAAGCUGUCAAGCAGGGCUCGGUGGUCGUGGGCAUCGUCAGCAAAACACACGCCGUGCUCGCAGCUCUCAAGCGCAACGCCGAGGAGUUGUCAUCAUACCAGCGUAAGAUCAUCGAAAUCGACACCCACUACGGUAUUGCUCUAGCCGGACUCGCCUCCGAUGCUCGCGUCCUCUCCAACUUCAUGAAACAGCAGUCUCUCGCCUCAAGACUCACCUACGACCGACCCAUUGCCCUGUCGGAGAUCACAUCGCGCAUCGGCGAUCGCGCGCAGACGAAUACACAACACUAUGGAAAGCGACCGUAUGGAGUAGGUCUGCUCAUUGCAGGCGUGGACGCCAAGGGUCCGCACCUCUUCGAGUUCCAGCCCAGCGGUGUGACGCAAGAGAUGGUGGCAUGUGGCAUUGGGGCGCGCUCCCAGAUGGCAAGAACAUAUCUGGAGCGUAACCUGGACGAGUUCGAGGGGUCGAGCAGGGAGGAGCUCAUCAAGCAUGCACUCCGCGCGCUCAAAGACAGCUUGAGCCAGGACAAGGAGUUGACUAUCGACAACACUAGUUUGGGAAUCAGCGGCGUGGAUGAGAAGUUCAAGUUGUACGAGGGCCAGGAGAUUGCAAGCUGGUUAGAGACGACGUUUGAGAACAAGCCAGAGGGUGAGAGUGCUGAAGGCAUGGAGGUAGAUUCGUAAGACCGCUCACGAUAAGGCGGCUAAGAGCCCUCGCAUUGCAGCAACCUGACCAGGAAAAGACUGCCUACGCCAAAUGUAGGGGCGGAGGUGGGAUCACAGAGCAGCGAUAAUUAAGCACUGCUCAUAGACUCCAUGAACGAUGGAAUGUAUUAUACGCAGCGAGUACUGCCGACGUCUAGCUUCCAGCUACCAUCAUGAAGGCCCAAGUGAGUACCACUUUACCGGCCCACCCAUCGGCUCUCCCGCCUCUCUACCUUCUAGCAAUGCUACGCAACACCCUCCAUCCUCACGCCAAUCAUUCGGCAGUGUGAUCCGCGCAAGAAUGGUCGUCUCCUAUCGUAGUACCUACCAUAGGAAACAUGAUCCUACAUGCUUCAAGCCCCACACCCCGACAUGCCUUCAACGCUCAUGCAUAUACAGCUCUGGGCAUGAGGAAGUGUGCUCAGGACAUUGAGCGUGGUCCUAGUAUCAUGCGCUUCAACUUCGAACGGCCACCUAUGUUCUCACAAGUUUCCUUCUUACACGACUUGCGCGAACCUCGUGCAUGUCAUGCCCCCAAUGAAAACAUAUAUUGAAGCAAAAAGUUGGGUGGGCGAAAUCUGGGUGGUUUCGCGACUCUGCUGCUCCGUAUACACCGUCUUACUUCUUCUUUCCACCUGCCUGUGCGUCCUCUGAAGAUUUUGUCGUCCCGGCCAAAAAUCCUGCAAGAUCGAAGUUCUGCAUCUGUACUGCCGCGCCUGCACUGCCCGUCAAAGGGCUCUUUUUGCUGAUUUCUUCGAAUUCCUCUCUGGUUUCCGGAUCCAUAUUGUCCAUCAAGUAGGGCAUUCCAAAGAUCAAAACCACCGACGCCAAACCCAUCAGAAUCAUCGGACUCUUCAAGAAACUCAAAAUACUAAAUCCACCUCGUUCUUGAUAAUAUUGCUUCUCCGCUCCCGCUCGCACUUCAAUCCUCAACUCAUCUCUCCCUGUUCCAAACGGCUGACCCUUAUUAUCCCAUUCAUUUCCUCGAAAUGUCGCCCAGGCGCUGAUAUUCUGCGAGCCACCCUCUCCUGCAUACGGUGCGACGUCUACGCGUAGUGGAGGGAAGAAGUAAUCUCGAGAGUGGAUGGUGAGUAGGUAGCUGGCAUCGGGUAGAUCGGAGAAGAGGAACGUGUUGUCUCGUCGCAGGGGCACGUCGUACAGGACUCCAGGUGGGCCGAGAAGGAUGGCAUGGCUUGAAGAGGGUAAUGUGGAUGGAUUUGGGAGGAGUUGGGAGGGAGGGAUCGAGACUGUCAGACGUGCUGCCGAGGCGAAAGCUGCGCAGGCGACGACGACGAGGGCGUUGCGUAUUGAGGCCAUGGCCAUGGUAGGAGGUAC